UUUUUUUCCCUAAAAAAAGGCCACAUAUUAAUUUCUGAUUCAUCGCGAGUUAACUAUGGACAAAAUGCGAUUAAUCAUGAUUCCAAAAUUUUAAUUGCCUGAAAGCUCUACUAGAAACAGCUAAGAUACUGUGCAGGAUCCUCAAGCUCCCAGGCCUCUGGUAGAGGACCUGACCUUGGAAGAGAAACCACCUGCGGAGGGUGAGAGGAGAGUUUUUUUUUUUUUUAUAUGAAAUAUCCAUGAUCUAUAAUUUUAUGGAAAAACAGGUUUGAAUUUUAAUAUUUUUGUAUGAACUUGAGCUUUUUAGAAAAAAAAAACUUUUGUCAGGAUGAUGUUUUAGGACAGCCAAAAGGAGCUGAACAUGAGUGAGAGGGAUUAAUUUAUUUUCACUGGGAACAAGCAGUCUAUGUGGGUUUGUGGCGAAUAGUGUAGGAGCCCCAAACCAGCAGGUGGCCCAGGUUCUUUGGGAGAUGACAUAACCACAGUGCAAGGAGGAAGGAAGUGGCAGAGAGAUGAGCUGAAGAGAUGAGACGAGCAGGGAAGAUCAGAGGUCUCAGGCGAGAAGAAAUACUCCGGAUUGCUGGAGAGAGGGCCGGGCUUGAGGGAGGAUGAAGGCCGAGACAAGGCUUGUGACAGGACGAGGCUGAGACUGGACAAGGAAGUUCGUCGAGGACCAGCGCUGAGCAGACGAGGCGGCUGGCCGUAAUCUCUGAGCGGAGAAACUGAGAUGUUCCGGCAACGAGGAGCCAACAGGAGAGAUCUUAAAAAGGGAAAGGACCAGUUGUGUUUCAUCAAGCUUGAUCGCUCCACCCAACAGUCGGGUCAACUAAAGUGAGAGGCGGGGCGGACUUGACACUUUUACCACAGUCAAAGUUUUAGCUUCUUCAUAACAUAUAAAAAUUAAAUUUUAUUUAGGUUAUAUUGUGAAAUUUGAUUAAAAUGGUUUAAAAAAUGCUUUAAUUUCUGAACAACACACCCAAAACGACAACAACUGAGUCACUCCCACAAACUGUUCCUGUGUUUGUCUCACAUAUCCUUCAAAACAAGAACAUGUCUUAGCAUGCAGCUGCUGGUAGCUCUCAUUUCCUGACUCGUGUGCAAUCUGUUGUACUUUCUAUUCAGAGAAAGAAGAACUGUCGGAGCGAAAAUGUCUCAGCAAGGAAAUCAAAUCGACGAAGAAAGAUUCAGCUGUUCCAUCUGUCUGGAUCUAAUGACGGAUCCGGUGACUAUUCUGUGUGGACACAGCUACUGCAUGAAGUGUAUUCAAGGAUUCUGGGACGGAGAGGAGAAUAUCCACAGCUGUCCUCAGUGUAGGAAGACCUUCAUACCGAGACCUGCUCUGGUGAAAAACACCAUGUUAGCAGAUUUGAUAGAGGAACUGAAGAAGACUGGACUCCAAGCUGCUCCUGCUGAUCACUGCUAUGCUGGACCUGAAGAUGUGUCCUGUGAUUUCUGCUCUGGAAGAAAACUGAAAGCAAUCAAGUCCUGUUUGUUCUGUCUGGCCUCUUACUGUGAGAAACACCUUCAACCUCAUUUGGAUGAAGUUGCAUUCAAGAAACACAAGCUGGAGGAACCCUCCAAGAACCUGCAGGAGAACAUCUGCCCCAUUCAUGAUGAGGUGAUGAAGAUGUUCUGUCGUACUGAUCAGAAGUGUAUCUGUUAUCUCUGCUCUGUGGAUGAACAUAGAGGACACGACACAGUCUUAGCUGCAGCAGAAAGGACUGAGAGGCAGAGAGAUCUGGAGGAGAGUCAACAACAAAUCCAGCAGAGAAUCCAGGACAGAGAGAAAGAGGUGAAGCUGCUUCAACAGGAGGUGGAGGCCAUCAAUCACUCUGCUGAUCAAACAGUGAAGGACAGUGAGAAGAUCUUCACUCAGAUGAUCCGUCUCAUCCAGAAAAGAAGCUGUGAUGUGAAGAAACAAAUCCGAUCCCAGCGGCUAACUGAAGUGAGUCGAGUCAAAGAUCUUCAAAAAGAAUUUAAAAGGGAGAUCAGUGAGCUGAAGAGGAGAGACGCUGAGCUGAAGCAGCUCUCACUCACAGAGGAUCACAGCCAGUUUCUGCUCAACUACCCCUCACUGCCACCACUCAGUGAGUCCACACACUCAUCCAGCAUCAAUGUCCGUCCUCUGAGAUACUUUGAGGAUGUGACAGCAGCUGUGUCAGAGCUCACAGACAAACUGAAGGACAUUCUGAGAGAUGAAUGGACAAACAUCUCACCGACAGUUACUCAUGUGGAUGUUUUACUGCCAGAACCAGAAUCAGAACCAGAACCAACGAGCAGAGCUGACUUCUUGAAAUAUUCAUGUCAAAUCACACUGGAUCCAAACACAGCACACAGAAGACUGUUAGUGUCAGAGGAGAACAGAAAAGUUAGAUUGAUGGAAGAACCUCAGUCUGAUUCUGAUCAUCGAGAUAGAUGGUUUCAGGUUCUGAGUAGAGAGACUCUGACUGGACGUUGUUACUGGGAGGUGGAGUGGAGAGGAAAAUUUGUUUAUGUAGCAGUCGCAUAUGAGAACAUCAUCAGAUCUGAAUAUGACAGCAGAUUUGGUUUUAAUGACAAAUCUUGGGCAUUAAGUCUUUCUCCUGACAAAUUUUCAUUUCUUCACAAAGAGAUUCAAACCACAACCUUAGCCCGUGUUUCCUCCAGAGUAGGAGUGUACCUGGAUCACACAGCAGGUGUUCUGUCCUUCUACAGCGUCUCUGAAAGCAUGACUCUCCUCCACAGAGUCCAGACCACAUUCACUCAGCCGCUCUAUGCUGGAGUUUGGUUGGGUCAUGCUGUUGGAGACACAGCAGAGUUCUGUAAACUCAAAUAAUUCUUGAAGUUGCUGAAAGAAGUAUGAUUUUUUUUGUGAUUUCUCUGCUUUCUAUCAUUUUAAAUCAAAAUUUUUUCUGUUAAUAUUCUGUGGAGUCGUGUUUGUAGUCAGAUAAUAGAAUGUGGAUUUGAAACAUUUUUGAAGAUGAAUCUCAAACUUUUUGGAAUAAAAUAUUUUUUUAUGUCUUUGAACUUUCGGAUUUUGCUGUUUGAAUUCAAAUUUCAUACAAAUGUGUUCAUGUUUUUGUGUUGUUGUUAUGUGAACUGAUGGAAGCUGCAACACAAAUGGAAUCAGUGACGUCACAAUCAAAGACUUUCUCUGUGUUUGUUCUACACAGAAACUACAAGAGAACAAACUGAAGGAGAAGAUUGUGUUUGUAGAGAGAAGAACAUUUACAACUUUGCUUUCUUUCUUUUUGAUUCAAUUGACAACUUUGGAUUGAAGAUUUGUAUUUUCAUGUCUCUGUCCUUUGUAGAAAAGUUGUUUAUGUUGAUUUGACAAUAAAACAUCUUGAUUCUUUUGUAUUCA